UGUCUCUCUAGGUCUGUCCUGGGUCCAUACACUAUAUAGCUUUGUCCACUUAUUGUCUCCUCAUUGUCCAGGACCUGUGCCCCGGCGGGCAGACAGUCGCCAUGGACGUUGCAUACAUCUGUGAGUGGGACAGAAAACCCCGGACCAACCACUGCCCCUCCAUCCCGCUCGUCUGUGCCUGGUCCUGCCGCAACCUCAUCGCCUUCACCACCGACCAGCGCAAUGAGGAAGAGAAAGAUCUUACCCACAUGAUUCACAUCUUGGACACUGAACACCCUUGGGAUGUCUACUCAGUUAAUUCUGGCCACCAGGAAGUCAUCACCAGCUUGGAGUGGGACCAGUCUGGGUCCCGCCUUCUUUCAGCUGAUGCAGAUGGCCGGAUAAAAUGUUGGGGUAUGACUGACCACUUAGCAAAUAGCUGGCAAAGCUUGGUGGGAAGUGAAGUGGAUGGUGACCCCAUUGUUGCUCUUUCAUGGCUUCAUAAUGGUGUGAAAUUAGCACUCCAUGUGGAGAAGUCUGGAGUUUCUAGUUUUGGAGAAAAAUUCUCCCGUGUAAAGUUUUCCCCAUCCCUCACUUUGUUUGGAGGAAAACCUAUGGAAGGCUGGAUCGCUGUUACUGUCAGUGGAUUGGUGACUGUGUCUUUACUGAAGCCAAAUGGACAAGUGUUGACUGCUACAGAAAGUCUGUGCCGCCUUCGAUGCAGGGUGGCACUAGCAGACAUUGCCUUUACAGGUGGUGGGAACAUUGUUGUAGCCACAUGUGAUGGAAGCAGCACAUCCCCAGUACAGUUCUAUAAAGUCUGUGUAUCUGUCGUGAGUGAGAAAUGCAAGAUAGACACAGAGAUCCUACCAUCACUUUUCAUGCGCUGUACCACAGAUCCUGCUCGCAAGGACAAGUUUCCAGCAGUGACACAUCUCAAGUUCCUCGCUCGAGAUAUGUCUGAGCAGGUGCUUCUCUGUGCCUCUAAUCAGUGCUCCAGUGUAGCCGAGUGUUGGUCCCUGAGGAAAGAGGGGCUUCCUCUGAACAAUCUCUUCCAGCAGUUGUCUCCUGGAGUUAGUGAUAAGCAACCGAUGAUCCUGAAGUGGCGAAUAUUAUCCGCUACCAAUGAACUGGAGCGCGUCUCUGCGGUGGCAUUGCCCAAGCUGCCAAUUUCUCUUACUAACACAGACAUCAAAGUUGCAAAUGAUACCAAGUUCUAUCCGGGUUUAGGUCUUGCUCUGGCAUUCCAUGAUGGCAAUGUACAUAUUGUGCACAGGCUGUCUCUACAGACAAUGGCCAUCCUAUAUGGCUCCUCUAUGCGCCCAUCUGAAGAACCCAGCCUAAAACGUCAGCGAUCACCAACCCCAUGCGUACACUUCAAAGCUUUACAGAUGUCUUGGACUUCUCUUGCUUUAGUUGGCUUGGAUACACAGGGAAAGCUCAGUAUGCUGAGGGUCUCCCCUUCAAUGGGACAUGCCCUUGAUAUGACCACAUCACUACGCCAUCUUCUGUUCCUUCUUGAAUACUGCAUGGUGACAGGCUAUGACUGGUGGGACAUUCUGCUUCACGUACAGCCAAACAUGGUACACAAUUUGGUUGAGAAGCUGCAUGAGGAGUACACCAAACAGAAUGCUGCUCUGCAACAGGUCCUUUCUACCAGGAUUCUGUCCAUGAAAGCAUCACUUUGUAAACUGUCGCCUAGCACAAUCACUCGUGUCUGUGACUACCAUGCCAAAUUGUUCCUCAUCUCCAUUAGCUGCACCCUGAAGUCUUUACUUCGGCCACAUGUUCUUAACACACCUGACAAAAGUCCAGGAGACCGGCUCAUUGAGAUUUGCAAUAAGUUCCCUGACACAGAUAUAGAUAAGGUCAUGAUUAACUUGAAGACAGAGGAGUUUGUACUUGACAUGCCAACCCUUCAGUCUCUACAGCAGCUUAUCCAGUGGAUUGGGGAUUUUGUGUUGUAUCUACUGGCAAGCCUUCCUAACCAGGGCUCCUCUUUCCGCCCUGGACACAGUUUUUUGCGUGAUGGAUCAUCACUGGGUACUCUACGUGAAAUGAUGGUGAUGAUCCGAAUUUGGGGUCUUCUGAAACCCAGCUGCCUUCCAGUGUACACAGCCACAUCAGAUACACAGGACAGCAUGUCCCUACUUUUCCGUCUGCUCACUCGUCUCUGGAUGUGCUGCCGUGAUGAAAACCAUCCCUGUGAACCAGAUGAGGCUUUGAUAGAUGAGUGCUGCUUACUUCCCAGCCAAUUCCUCAUCCCUAACAUGGACUGGCUUCCUCUUGGAAAUGGAUUAAUCAGCCGGCUGCAGAGCAAGCUGCCCCUACGCCUGCAAUUUGGGAAACCGCCGGGUGCACCCAGCCAUGCUUCUGUCCAGUAUGAGGCUUAUACAAGGUUACCCACCCAACCAAAAAUUGAUCAUCUAAGAAGACUUCAUCUAGGAACAUUUCCCACUGAAGCCUGCAAAUCUUGCACACGAUGCAUUAUUUCCAGGAUGUGGAGUAGCAUUUCCGGACCUACAGCAAGACGUUGGAUGAAGACGUGGAUUUCCAGACCUAUUCCAGAAGAAUUUGGAUGAAGGCACAGCCCCUCGAAUCACGCACAUACAUGGACACAUUGGCCCAAAUUCUAGAGGUAACCUCCUUUAGUAUGCCCAGAGGAAGGGCAAUACAGUAGCCAUGGAUUCCCUACAGGUUUCCUCCCCUCUGGAGGUUUUUCCUGUCCUGAGUAUUAGUUACUGUACGCUCUUUGUGAGUGAUGGGAGAUUACAUAAAAUCCCUACACAAACAUUUUAAUAUAUAAUAAAUAAAGUUCCCCUUUUUGAACCAUU